GCACCCCCAACAUCCAUUCUUCCACACCGUGGCGACUGUAGCUGGCGUGGCCCGCUCGCGCUUACUAUUGCCGGACGACUGAUUGUCCUGGAUUGCGCAGCGCUGCCUCCAUGUGCUGCCUAACCAGCGAGCGAACACCACCCCGCUGAGCUUCGUCAAAGCCCGACUGCAUCACACCGACUCCUCCCCCGACUCCUGGCCGGGCUCCCCAGGCGCUCACACGAUGCCUUCCAUCCUCUCCGACGAGGACAAGCAGACGGUAAAGCGCACGGUGCCCAAGUCCAACAACAAGAUCCACGCCGUCGCCGUCGCCAAACUCUACAUUGCCUACCCCGACAGGCACCGAUGGACCUACACAGGGCUCCAGGGCGCCGCCGUUCUGGCGAAUGACCUGGUGGGCAAUACAUUCUGGAUCAAGCUCGUCGAUGUCUCGCCGACCAAUCGCGGCGUGAUAUGGGACCAGGAAAUCUAUGAUACCUUCCAGUACAACCAGGACCGCGUAUUCUUCCAUACAUUUGAGUUGGAGGACUGUCUGGCGGCGCUCUCAUUCGCUGACGAGAAGGAGGCGAAGACGUUCAAGAAGAAGAUGGACGAUCGCGAGAAGAAUGCCCACAAGAACACCAGGAACAAGCCCUUCACGGCACGUAUGGGAGAGGGAAUUGCUACGAAUGGCACUAAAAGCCAUGGCCAUGGCCUUUUAGGCGGUCUCUUUGGGCACAGGCACUCUCACCAUCAACAACAGCCGCAGUCUAUCAUCCCGCCGAGCGUAACCUCCCCUUCGCAGCAUAGCCAUUCCAACGCGUCCAGUACACGAAACUCGGCAAUUGAUACCACGGAUCCUUCUUGGCAGCCCCUGCUGAAAGAACUGCUGGCUAUGGGCAUCACCGAAGAUCAGAUCGAAGAGAACGCCGACUUCAUCAAGCUGUACAUCGAGCAGCGCAAGAUCGAGGAGAAGAUACAGGCAGACAACAGUGAGAAGAAGGCGCGAGCCCCGCCUCCACCGCCACCUGCUGCUCCUCUGGGAAGAGCAUCUAUUAGCCCCCAGCAUACUGGCAGCUCAGGCUCGAAAAGGGGACCUCCCCCAGCCCCUCCACCAGCUCGCAGAACGCGAACAGACGCUCCCGCUAUCAAUCGAACCUCAUCCGCGAGUCCAGCGCCACCGCCCUCUCCUCCGCGACAAGCAUCACCGCCACCUCCUCCAGGUCCUCCAGUACACCGAUUCCGUGCUCCACCUCCGAUCGCAGAUGCAGGCAAGUUUGCUCACGAACCGCCAGCGCCGCCGUCCAGGCCCCGAGCCGCAUCCAACACUCUAGGAAAUCCGGGCCCAGUGCCUCCACCACGGCCCCCAAAGACACCAGUAGAGGAUGGCGAGAAGCCGGCAGGAACAAAGUUUGGAGUGCCGCCCCUUUUUACAGGAAACCGGGUACCGUCCGGUCCACCACCUCCUCCGGUUCGCGGGCCAGUCCCUCCUCCACCGCCAUCGCGAGAUACUCCGCCAAUUUCUGCCGCGCCACCACCACCGUUGCCCCCAAAGAGUGCAGCGGCUCCACUACCUCCCCCGCUGCCACCGACGAACAACGCGCCGCCCGCACCUCCACCACUGCCCCCUUCGGCUUCCCGUCCCGUGCCAGCGGCGCCAACAGCUGCAGCUCCUCCACCCCCUCCUCCACCAUCGACAAACGCCCCUCCUCCGCCUCCGCCCCCAUCUUCGAAUGCGCCGCCACCACCGCCCCUUCCGUCGACCAAUGCACCCCCACCCCCUCCGAUGCCUUCUAAGGCUGUUCCUCCGCCUCCGCCGAUGCCAGUGAGCGCCGUACCUCCUCCACCGCCGAUGCCAGCGAGCGCUGUACCUCCUCCACCUCCAAUGCCCCCGGGCUCCGGUCCACCGCCUCCCCCGCCCAUGCCGUCAGGCUCGGGGCCUCCUCCACCCCCGCCGAUGCCCAACGCGAGUGUGCCCAAGGCUCCGGCCGGACGAGACGGCCUACUUGCGGAUAUUCGUGGCGGUGCAAGGCUGAGAAAGGUGUCAGAUUCGGAGAAAAGAGAUCGGAGCGCGGCCCAGGUUCCUGGCCAGGAAUCAGCAUCGAGUCCGACUGCUGCUGGUGGAGCUGCAGCUGCAGCGCCAGAAGCUGGUUUGGCUGGCGCAUUGGCUAGUGCACUUGCAGCAAGGAAGUCUAAAGUUAGUCAUAGCGAUGACGAGGAUGACAACGACGACUGGUGAGUGAAGCUCUGAAGCAACCCCAGGCAGCAGCCUCCGAGGUCCUCGGGGCACUAUGGAGGACGGCGAGCACAAAGCGUUCCACGGCCUGCAGCCACUCAAGCUUACGACUGCAUACAUCUUUCCGAGGCAGGGGGCGCUUGCAAGUGGAAUCGUUGGAGCUCUGACGGCGGUAUGGUAGGGAGCCUAAAGUUAUAGGGAGAUUAUUAGCAGAAGACUGAAUAUUGAUACUGGUUUAGCGAAUAUCAACUAUCAGAAAGUAC